AUGCUGGAUGCUUCUGGUGUUCCAGUUGACGACCCUGCGACGGGUAACGACAACGGCGAUGUUCUCGAGAAGAUCCAGUCGUUCAUGACAUUCAUGGACCUUAUGAAGGCUAACGGGUUGCUUCCCGAGGAGCUACGAAAGAAGAAGAAGAAGGGUAACAUGGCAGCUCUCGCACAAAACCCUGCAUCAACAUCGCCUGCUCCUGCUGUGCCUCUCGUAGCCACGACUUCAAACCCUGAGAACACGCUGAUGAGCGAGACUGUCAUAGAGGCACCUCUAGAUCUUACGGAGGCUUUUGCGGAUGCAGCGGAGGGUACGACCGACGCCGCUGCUCCUCUCAACGCUCACCACGCCGCUGAGCCUGUCAACGCUCACGGUCUGACUGUUGUUUCUCGUGCACGCACGGUCACUCCCUCUCCAGGUUCCCAGGAAAUCGUCCGCCUUCGUGCUGAGGUCGAAGACCUCCAAAACUCUUUGAAGGUGUCGCAAGAGCGGGCCCUUGACUUGCAGAUUGCGCUGGACGAAAAGGAGUCGGCCUACGCGACGCUUUCCCUGCGCUACGAAGAGCAGGUCGCUCUGAUCCAGGCUCUGCGCCAACAGAUUGCAAACACCGCUAGCACGAAUGGCGCUGUUGUCAACACCGCCAUUCUGCCGACGUACGACCUACAGUCGCUCCCACGUGACCAGAACAAUGUGGUGAUUGUCCCGGCCACCCUCGACCAGGACCACCUGUUUGGGAAAAAAGCACUGGAGGCCUUCACCUACAUGACUACAACUGCAUCAACCUGGAGGCUUCGGUUCUACCCGUCGUGGCCCGACCUGCGGGAGAUGAUGGCGGAGAAAUAUGCAGAAGCUGGCGUCACGUGGGACAUGUUCUACUACGUGAUAUGCAACUUCCCCGCUAAGGAGAACAUCGCCAUGCAGAAGGUGUUCGAGAAGCGCAGCAACUACAACUCUGACAUCAAGACGUACGGUCGCGGACCGGGCGGAUGUGUCGCCGAGAGCAAGUGGAAGGAACUCGCGGACGAGGGCGUGGCUCCCACCACCACCACUGCCGAGUGGACCCUGUAUUUCAUGCACGUGCGCUUUGGGUCGAAGUGGCAUUUCUGCAUUGUGAGCUCACGGCCAUUCGCCAACCGUUCCUUCGAGCUAGUGCUGCUGCGCGGUUUUGGCAGCAAGAAGGCGACCGCCAUCAUGGUGAAGAUCCCAUUGGUGGGAUAUGCCUGCAACGUGGUGGAAUGGCCCUUGGCAAAUGCCAGGGGCCGUGCCAACCCCUCCCUUGACACGUCUGAGACGGUCAACCAGCAGAACGUGGAGCUGAAGAUCUCCCACGUGGUGACCUGGAUCAAAGAGACCUAUGAAAAUGGGGACCGGGGUAUCUGGGAUCCCGUGGCUCCUGAUGGCUUCCGGAUGUCCCCGGACGUCAAGAUUUUGAUUGAGGGAUAUGAAAGCCAGAUUUUCCCCAACGGAUUGCCCUAG